AUGUAUACAGACACCAAGACCUCUUGCGAGAGUGUGACGACUGCCUCAAAAGCUGUUGAUGACCCAGAGCUAGUCGCUCUUCACCGGAGCUUUCGAACACAGAGAGACAGGCUUCUAGCAUGGGGUCUAGAUUGGAGCGACGCCAGCGCUGCACAGCCGAACGAUAUCGAUGAAUCGCUAACACAAGCUGGCUACAGCGAUGUUGUUGCCAGUGUCAUGUCUUCUAUUCAAGAGCUUCUCAAUGAAGCAGAACGCAUUCAGCAUGCAGGGACCUCCGACCUACCCCCCAAAGGCGUUCGGUCAGACCCACCCUCGAAGGAUGGUCUUAGUAGUCUGCCACUUAAGACGCACUGGACUGACGAAGAUAUCAAUCGGUCUAAGCAUCUUCUCGCCGACCUAACCGCUUGCAUUGAUACCCUUUACGAUCUGUCCCGCUCACGACGCAACAUGACCUCCAGUGGACAGUCGGCUGCCAAGGCUAGGUCACGACAAUAUCCUGGGUCAACAGCAGAGGAUACCAUCUAUACCGUUUUCCCAGAUUCUAAACCAUAUCAUGGCGCCUCUAUUGACUCCAAGCAUCCCAAAACACAGCUUGAAUAUUCGCCGUUUUCCAAUCGCGCUGCCACCGCCCUCGAAAAGCCACAACUCGAUAAGCCAUUCAGCAAGAUAUCCCUAACUACGAACCAAUACAUUAUCGAUCGUUCGGCUCUGCAACUGUCCGGAGCAUCCCACGACAAUAGUCCCCCACCCUACGAAAUGGUAGCCGCCUCCACCAAUUCCCGGGCCAUUGGGCGCAUGAAUACAUCAGCAUCACCUUUCUGCGGGAACUCAGGGGCGUCUACUGCACCAGGAAUUCAACGGCUAGAUCAUGUGCAUCAGACUCUUGACCAGCUUGUCCAAAACGCCCGGGUUUCCCAUCUGGGCUUGUUGAAGUUUCUCGGCUACUAUGUUGAUAUGCCUAACUCCCGGUAUGCCUUUAUCUAUCAGAUGCCGGUUGACUACUUUCCGUUCUUACGCAACCCUACCGAUCUACUGAACGGGCUAAAACCCAAGCCUUUGUUGUCGCUCUUCCAGUCGGGUGAAGAGUAUCACGUACCUAACUUAGAAACACGCUUUCGCUUGGCUUAUGACCUUUUAAUGGCUGUUUUGCAACUACGGAGCCAGAACCUUGUGCACGGAAAUAUAAACAGCAGCAAUGUUCUUGUCUUCCCUGGGUUGACAAACUCAAAUACCGAUGAAGUUGGACUCACAGAGAACUUGCGGCGUCCUUACCUCACCUCGUUCGCUCAGUUCUCCGGGACCAGCUCAUCUCCUGAGCCUCUUUCAUCAAGCAUGUAUCGUCAUCCGGAUGAUAAGAGGUCUCUGGGAGAUGACGCUGCUUGGGCAUAUGACCUUUACUCGCUUGGUCUGGUAUUGAUGGAGAUCGGUCUAUGGACGCCUAUUAGUCGUUUGUGGAAGAUGAAGUACAACAACUCUAUGUUCAAACAAAGGAUCGAAAAUGUUUACCUUCAGAAGCUGGGUCCCAAGUGUGGUAGCGCAUACCUUCAUGUGGUACAGCUCUGUCUAGAUGCACCCAAUUUCCAUCUUUCAACACAGCCGUUCGAUGACUUCAACCUCAGGAUUCCUCAAACAUUUCACUAUCCUGUGUUAGAUCUAUCCGAGCCUGACAGUAUCUUCUCAUUCUCCAUGAACUUCAUUUACACUAUGUCCAAGAUCGUUUGGUCUUGCUGCAGGAUCGAUAUUUUCUCGGCACCCGGGGCUGAGGAGUUGGAUGAUUGCCUCCCACUUGCUCUUGUUCCAGGAUCAGAGCCCGCAGCUACGAAGGAGCCUAUCAGGGACUAUAACCCCAAUCCCGAGCCCUUUGUUCCAUAUACCGAACCAUUUGCCACGCUUCCUACUGCCGAAAUGAAACUGAUAAGAGAAAAGAUGGGCUUGGAUGAGAGGAAAGUGCGGAAGAGAACGUUUAAGAAGCUCACCAAUGUUGAAAUACCUCAGGAGCAUCUCAACGAAUGGAACUUCCAGAUGUUACCUCGGCUGAGAAAACUUCUACAAAAGAUCUUAAAAGACUCGUCUGAGUCGUGCAGUGUCACUCUCAUGAUGACAGGCGAAGCCCCCGACAGUGCCAGGACGACAAUCUGCGUGACGUGUGCUAGCGCGAAAAAAGUCAGGGCUGCCUUGAAAAAAUACUUUGCUCUCGAUCGGGAAGAUUGGGAUCUGAUCGUCCUUCGUGGCGACAUUCAACGCUCAAAAGUCCCUCGGAAGAAACGUCGUAGGCCAGCAAAAUCUGGUCCCGAGAGAAACGACGUGCCUGCAUCCUUUCGUCCGGACCCAAACCCUUUGUAUCAGCCUCGACCUCUCUGCGGUGCCUCCAUAGGCGCCUUCAUGAACGAAGAGCACCUACCUCCGGUAACUUAUGGCGGGGCUAUUCUGGUGGAUGGAAUGCCGUACGGUAUGACAGUACAUCAUAUGUUGGAGUCGCCCAGUGAUCAGGAGGACGGCGAGGAUGAAGAUCCCGGUGCUCCUCUCCGAUCGGCAGGGAACUGGCCUCGAGAUCCCACACCCCAGGAAGCAGAAUUCAUGUACAGCUGGUGUGACGAAAAUCCGUCGGAACUUGAACUUGAGAUCUCGGAGGACGAGGAGGGCGACGAUAAUUCCAUCUCGCUUAGCCUAGAAGGGACUUACGACGACUUCAACCUUUCUGAUGGAUUCUCCUCAGAUGAGGACGCAUUUGACAUUGAUGAGGAUGAAGACUCGGCCUCUGUAGGUGACACGGCUGAUCGUGACGACGAACAUCUAGCCUCUCACUCUCUUGGAUUUGUCCAUGCUUCUUCCGGCGUCAGACGCUGGACACGCAAAGGCAUCAAGCAUGAAAUUGACUGGGCCUUGAUCAAGAUAAACGAUGAUCGGAUUGAUGCGCGUAACAUAGUGUUCAGUCAACGUCCUAUGCAACAGGCUGAAACCAUUUAUUUGAACGAUAUCGCACGCCUCGAAGAUCUUGGUGGCUUGAAAGUUCAUUGUUGCGGUCGAACCAGCGGUUUGCAAACUGGACAGAUAUCUCGAGCAAUGACAAUAGUAAAACUCCAUGGCCGACAGACUUUCUCGACGAGUUUCUGUGUAGACGGGAACUUCGGUGUGCCCGGCGACUCAGGAGCAUGGGUCUUCGAAAAGUCAACCGGUCGAGUAUGCGGCCACGUCCUAGCUUGGUCGGAGAAAAGCCACACGGCAUACAUCGCCCCAAUGGAAGUCAUGUUAGAGGACAUCGCCCGAACCCUGGACGCGACAUAUGUCAGUCUACCAGGCUAUCCGCAUGAGUCUUUCUCGUAUCCCGCGCCCGGUUCCUCCCAUUUUGAACCUCAAAACCCAAGAUAUCGCGCCCCGCCCCCACUGCCAGAGCAGCUUCCAGUUGAUAUCGGACGUCUACGUAUAGAGGAUCCUAGUAUGGGCCCGGUGCACCCCAGCCGAGCCCGAGAGGUUUCCACCCCAUAUCGAGGAAUGCCACCCAUCCUGACUCCACCCCGCAGCUUGGAGAGGCAGCUCGCAUAA